GGCGUAAGCUCAGCGCCUCAGCUACACAAGUGGCGGGAUUUCGCAGACAAAAUGUUCGUUUAAGCGCCGAUCCGAGACCUUCGCGGUUCUCUCUCUCUCUCUCUCUCUCUCUCUCUCUCUCUCUCUCUUCACGAGAAAGCAGAGCACAACCUUGUUUGGUUCCCUUUCUAUCACUGCAUUGUGUUUGGAUUGAAUUCCAUCUCUUUGGAAACUUUUUCUGUUGAGCCGAGCUGGAUUUCUCUUUUUCUUGGAUUGAUUUUCUGUGGAAGAAUGGAAAUUCAUAGCUAGUUUUAGGGUUUUCAGAGGACGGAACUCGUAAGGAGAAGCUUUGAGAAAUGGAGAAAAAGAAGUAUCCGAUUGGUUGUGAGAAUUACGCUCUGUAUGAAGUGGUUGGGCAGGGUGUAAGCGCUUCUGUUUACCGUGCUCUCUGUAUUCCGUUCAAUGAGAUUGUCGCCAUCAAAAUACUUGAUUUCGAGAGAUAUAGCACUGAUCUGAGUAAUCUCUCUCGGGAGGCACAGACUAUGAUCUUGGUUGAGCACCCGAAUGUUCUAAACGCUUACUGUUCCUUUGUUAGCGAUCAUGAUUUGUGGGUUGUAAUGCCAUACAUGGCCGGAGGUUCUUUCCUUCAUAUAUUGAAAGCUGCUUAUCCGAAUGGGUUGGAGGAAGUGGUAAUAGCAACUAUUUUACGUGAAGUAUUAAAGGGUCUAGAAUACCUUCAUCAACAUGGGCAUAUACAUCGAGAUGUUAAGGCUGGAAAUAUUCUAGUGGAUGUACGUGGUACAAUCAAGCUAGGAGAUUUUGGUGUUUCUGCUUGCCUUUUUGAUUCAGGUGAUAGACAACGCACGAGAAAUACUUUUGUGGGGACUCCCUGCUGGAUGGCACCUGAGGUUAUGGAGCAAUUACACGGUUAUGACUUCAAGGCAGAUAUUUGGUCUUUCGGUAUAACAGCGCUGGAGUUUGCACAUGGUCAUGCUCCUUUCUCAAAGUACCCUCCAAUGAAGGUUUUGCUUAUGACCUUGCAAAAUGCACCACCAGGCCUUGAUUAUGAAAGGGACAGGAAGUUUUCUAAGUCAUUUAAGCAGAUGAUUGCUAGUUGCUUGGUAAAAGAUCCUUCAAAACGACCUUCUGCAAAAAAGUUGUUAAAGCAUUCAUUCUUUAGGAAAGCUAGGUCCAAUGACUAUAUUGCCCGAACUAUUUUAGAUGGGUUGCCAAGUCUUGGUGAUCGGCUGAAAACAUUGAAGAUGAAAGAAGAAGAUAUGCUUGCACAAAAAAAAAUUCCGGAUGGGAAGAAAGAGGAAAUAUCACAGAAUGAAUAUAAACGAGGGCUUAGUGGUUGGAAUUUUGAUAUUGAAGAUUUGAAAGCACAAGCUUCCCUGAUUCAAGAUCCUGAGGAAACUCUGACAGAUAAGGAACAAGGGGGGAGCUCGUGUUCCUCGUUUGGUCCAGGGAGCUCAUAUUCUUCUUUUGGUUUUGACAUGCUAGAUGCACAAUCACUACCACAAUAUCAACCUUCUGUUCACUUUCUGAAGGAUAUUUCAGAUAUUGAAGAUAAUGAUGUGAUACAGAAACAACCGGCACAUCCUCCAUUAGCUGACUUAACAGUUCAGAAUUCCAAAACAAGGAGUGAUGAAUCAGAUGAUGAAUUAAGUGUUUGCGAUGUUGCUGGCUCAAGUUGCAAACAGAAUAUUGCACAGAAUGGUUUGAAGCAUCAUGAUGAUCACAUUGAAAAUGUUGCCAUUGAAAAGCAUGAAUUGGAGAUUAAUGGCGGGUUGUCAAAAGGUAUAAAUGGUCAUUCUGAUCUCCAGUAUGGAGCUUCAUCAGGGACCAACGUACGUGAUCUUCCCUUUAUCAAAGAAGAGAGUGAGAAGCAGCAAAGUCAGCAUCAGAAUAUGGUCAGUUCUGAUGGAGUAAUGGUUCCACAUGUAGUGGAUGAUGCACCUUCUGAAACUCUUGCUAGAUCAUCCAGGGCAUCAGCAGUGCGUGAUGAUCUUGAUGAAAAAGCAAGGGCACCAGUUGUGCAACAAAGGGGACGUUUCAAGGUGACAUCUGAGAAUGUUGACUUAGAAAAGGCACUUCCAUCCCCUAUGCUGCAAAAGAGUCACAGCAUGCAGGUGAUUACCCAACUUCCUGUACUUAGUCAACAACCGUCAUCUGCUGCUAGAUCAUCAAACCCUCCUGGAUAUUCACUUUACCCCCAGUUGCAUUAUAUUUUGCAGACAAAUAUUCAUCAGAGGGAGAAUAUUUUAAAUUUGAUGAAGCAAAUCUCCUUUGGUGAUUCCACAGUUAAUUGUGAUGGAGGUCUUAUGCCAACAACUACCCUGACAGAGAAAUCCUUGCUAGAGGCAGCACAUGAUAGGGAGAAGGAGUUACUUCAAGAAGUUACAGAGUUGCAGCGCAGGCUCAUAUGUGUUCAAGAUGAACUUCAGAAAUUUAAAACAAGAAAUGCUCAGGUGUGAUCCAAAUCCUUAUUGAUUUUUCGAUUUUUCAUUAAAACAAUCUCUACUUGAUGAAGGGGAAAUGUGAGGAAAAUUUUCUACAAGAUGAAGAUGAAAGAAAAAAAGUUGACAAUUGAGAGUUAUAGCAUAAAACUACUAGAGGUCCACUUUUCUCUUCCUUAUGCAAGUAAGUGGAGCCUGCUUUGGAUGACAGUAAUGCCAAGUCCUUAACCAAUUUGUGCAGAUUCUCUUGUGUUUGAAUCACAUUUAUACAUCUUAAUUGUCAAACCUAGCUGUUACUGUGAUGUAUUAUAUCCUGACAAUUCAAGUAGGUAAUGUUUUUUGCUGUGUUAUAUUUGCAAUGGAUUUUUUUUUUUUUUUUUCCAACCUCAUUUUGAAGUUAGGUUUUUGGAAAUGGAGAUCCUGUGGAUUUUUCCACCGACUUUAUUGCCAAUAAUAUUUGCUUGUAUAGUUCAUUGCUA